AUGGAGUUGUUGGAGACGUUGAUCGCGGAGACAACGCGGCAAUGGCAGAUGCUCGACGCCUUUUUUGAGCAACGCGCGCAGCGAGGCGGCGGGGGAGGGGAAUCGAUCGGGGAGGACGUCCCCCCGCUUCCACCCCCGCCACACGAGCCGCAUUUCAUGGUGCUGAUUCAACCGCUUCUCGGGUUUCAUCACCUCUUGAAUCGUCAGGAAGCGAUUCACCACAACCUCGAUGACGCCUGUCAGGCGAUCCUCGAGUGGAAUUGCUUCGCCGCCCUCGACGGGGUGUUGCGGAAACACGAGAAUUUGUUGGCGGCGAUCCCAGACCCUUGCGAGAGCUCAACAGGAGAAGGGGGGGCCGAGGGCGCAUCGCGUGGGGAAAUUCCCCCUCCAGGGCAGGAAGCGCUCUUCGUCGAAGGCGAGCAAAUCCAUCCUUCCCCACUCGUGGUCGUGGAAAAGGAGCGGCAUCGGUUGCGAGAAACGCUGAAAGAACUCUUUGUCGCCGCUGCGAUUCGGUUUUAUUUCACCCACGAUAAUCCCAUUUGUGGGGGGUUGUUAUCGGAUCUGGAGGCGGCUUUGAGCGCACCGGAGCAGGAAGGGGCGGUGGCCGCCACGUCCGCGAAGUUAAAGCGCAUGGUCGACGUUCACGCCGUGAUGGCGGUGUUGCAUAACUUAUACAACCUUAUCGCCUCGACUGGAGGGCUUCCAAAGCUCCCGUUGUUGCCCGCCUUAAACGACCCCUCUGAAAGGGAAAAACUGCAGCAGCACGUUGUCACGCGCGUCCUCGAGGUUUACGCGUUUUUGUAUGCGGUGUUGGAACAUAAACUUCGCGAUGCUUCGAGUAGCGAAUCGUCGAUCCAUUCGGUGGUGAAGUUAAACGACGAAGAGGCCUCGAUGUUCGCGGAUAUGGAUCCCGCAAAAUUGCGGAUGCUUAUGGAUGCAUAG